CGCACCGGCUGAGCCCAAGCAGCCGCCUGCCUCUUCCUCGCGACACCAGCCAUCAUGAUCGUGGACAGCAGCCGCGACGAGCUGCCGGACGGCGGCGGCGACGGCUCCAUGAGCAGCCCUUUUAACCUGGCCUUUUUUUACGGAGCUUCUCCCCACUCCAGCGAGGGGAGCUGCUCGCCCACGCACUCCUCGCCGGGGUCCCCGGGGUCCGACUCGGGCCAUAGUAGCGGCGGCGGCGGCGGCGACUUCGGCACGAGGCGCUGUUCCCGGCGCGGCGCGCGCUCAGCCGAGGAAGUUGAGCAACGUAUGGGGGGAGGAAAGCAACAAAGAGGACCUUUUCAAGGUGUUCGUGUGAAAAACUCGGUGAAAGAGCUGUUGUUGCACCUCAGAAACAGCAAGCAGAUGUCCUCAGACCAUGGUGCAGAUGAGUUAAAGGUACAAGGAGGAUUACCAAAUUAUGACCCAUACACAGAGUUGAAGAACAUUUUAACUAAUGGUCGAAAAAGAAAAGCUCAUGACUCAUUUUCAGAUGUAUCCUGUUAUAAAAGAACAACUCCUUUCCAACCUCACCUCCUGACACCUCCACAGACACCAACAUCAAUGGAUAGCAACAUGGAGGACGCCCAUAUGAAUGACCCCAAACAAGACAGCAGCUGUGAUAUGCUGCAGAACAUUAUGAAUAUUAAGAAUGAAUCCUGCCCAGUUUCUUUGAACACAGUGCAAGUGAGCUGGCUUCACACCAUGACUAAUCCUAACUCUCCAGGGGAACAGUAUCAAGAGAUGGUUGGAGCACAAGCUUUAUCACCUCCUCAAAGGUACCAAGCAUUUCAAGCAAGCAGCCCCUCACAGAUGAUGGAGCUACCCCAGAAUUAUCAGUUUUCUUCCACACAGACCCAGAACUUGUCUCAGCAUUACAAUCCCCUUAUGGAUUGCAGACCUCACUCCACUAGCAGCCAGUCCUCUGACUAUCAGCACGUUUUUGAAAGCCAAGAACUGCAGUACUGUCCUACUCAAAGCUUUGCUUCUCUCUUAAGUGAUUCAGAAGGGUCGGACAUCUCUGCCCCCCUCCCUCAACCACUUCCUCAGCAAACUGAUGUCAGCAGCCACCCUCAGAAUUUCAGUCAGCUACCCAGUAAUUUCUGUGGUGCUCUUGAAGAACAUGGCUUAUCAUUGGCUACUUCAAAUAUGUCUGUGCAACAUCAGGGUAUUGCCAGGAACACAGCACAGCUGGGCAAAUCGUUCUUCCAGUGGCAAGUGGAACAGGAGGAAAGCAAACUGGCCAAUAUCUCUCAAGAUCAAAUUCUUGCCAAAGACGCUGAUGGUGACACGUUUCUCCACAUUGCAGUUGCCCAGGGGCGCCGAGCAGUUUCCUAUGUGUUGGCAAGAAAGAUGGUAGCCCUACACAUGCUGGAUAUUAAAGAACACAAUGGCCAGAGUGCCCUGCAGGUGGCUGUGGCUGCAAACCAGCACCUCAUUGUACAGGACUUGGUUAGCCUUGGGGCGCAAGUGAAUACAACAGAUUGCUGGGGUAGGACGCCUUUGCAUGUGUGUGCUGAAAAGGGGCAUGCACAAGUCCUUCAGGCAAUUGAGAAAGGAGCCAUUGUAAGCAACCAAUAUGUAGACUGGGAGGCAACAAAUUAUGAUGGUUUGACAGCAUUGCACUGUGCAGUGGUGGCCCAUAAUGCUGUGGUACAUGACAUAGAGAGCCAGCAGUCACCUCACACUCCUGAGGUCCAGGAAUUAAGGUUGAAAGGCAAGAGGUUGGCAGACACCAUCAAAUUCCUCAUUGAGAUGCGGGCCUCUGUUGAAGCCAGAGAUCGUAAAAGUGGCCGUUCUGCCCUUCACUUAGCAGCGGAAGAAGCAAAUGUGGAACUCCUUCGUUUGUUUUUGGAGCUGCCUACUUGCCUUUCUUUUAUCAAUGCCAAGGCGUAUAAUGGCAAUACCGCGCUCCAUGUAGCUGCCAGCUUGCAGCAUCGGGUGAGUCAGCUGGAUGCAGUUCGCUUGUUGAUGCGGAAGGGAGCUGAUCCAAGUGCCAGGAACUUGGAAAAUGAGCAGCCGGUUCACCUCGUACCUGAUGGCCCUGUAGGAGUUGAGAUUAGACGGGUCUUGAAAGGAAAAACGACUCAGCAGAGAUCACCAGUCUAUUAAGCUCCAUGAGUGAACGAUGACCUAUGCUCGCUGUCAGUUAGGCAGCCGAUGUUACUGUAAAUAGACCAUUUGUCCAGUGGAGGCAAAUGUUAGUUGUUUCUAUGAAACAAAAAUAUCUUGUUUACUAUUAUAUAGUGGGUUAAUGGCAACACUUUUGAACCAGAUGGGAAUGUUUCAUACCCAGGUAGUUUGGAUCAGUCUGAGCUGGUCCAUUUAACUGACUUUACAACAGUAGUGUAACAAAUACCAGGCCAAGAAUAGUUGUUACUUCUCAAAAAGAAACUUAAACACUCUAGAGCAGUUGUUCAUUACAUGAAACAUAAGCUUUUUAAGAAUACUAACAUAACAUUUUGCAAGUAAACAUUUAUAUCAUACGUGAUUUAUUUUAUGCAGUACCAUGUAUAGGAUGCUUUGUGAUUUGUAAUAGUUGGUUGCAGUUUGAUACAGGACAAAACCAUUUUUUAAUUUUGAGAAUUCUAUGUAGAAUUCAGUAAAGUUUUUAUAAGCAUUUAAUGGCUUUUAUAGGUAUGUUUUUGUUGAGGGACCUGUGGAGUCACCUUGCAGACUAAUUUAUGUAGGGAACAUUUAUCAUCUCCAGUUUUCCAGCAACAGGUUAUAAAAACUAAAAUAAGAAAAUAACAUUUUGGCCUGGUUUUUUUAUUUUACAUUUUUAAGUUAUUCUCUUUACAUUUAAUUGGAAUAACAUUUGAUUUUCACACCAUUAUAUAUUUUCCACUUCUUAUUUCAGAGUAAUUUCAGAGUUUCUAACUUAAUAAGAAGCAUUUAUAGAGAGGUUAAAAUUGGUUCUUCAUCUGUGCUUUUCAGAUAAAGGAUUAAGCAUGUUCUUGAGUAUAUUAGUAACUGAGUUUGCAAAUGACACCCAAUUAGUUUGAAUAAAGAGCUCUAAACGGGCAAGAAAAUGACAUAUGAGAUUCAGUGUAAUUGUCAAAUGAUUUACACUUGGGCAAAAAGAUCCCAUUUCACAUGUACGCUGAUGGGAUCUAAACUAACUGACCUCAGAAUAAAUUCUAAGUAAGUCUUGGCAUUGUGAUGGAUAGCUCAAUAAAAAUGUCCCAUCAGCCUUUGCAGACAGCAUGCCCAGUGGUUAGGAGGUGGAAACUUCAUCUUCAGAAUGUCAGUUGCCUGGAAAGAAACAGGGAUGUGGGUAUCAUUGCUUCAUGCCCUGCAUAUGACCUUCCCAGAGGCUUAUGUCUGACGAUGGUUAGAAAUAGGUUGCUGGACUACAUGAACCCUUGGGAAGAUCAUAUAUAUGUUCAUAUGCUGAAUUUGUCUCUCUGUUUUUGAAUUGAGAAAAGUAUUUCUCAGGGCUUUGCAGAAAUUUAAUUCUAUUGUAUUGUUUUUACCUCAUAGGUAUCGUAGGCAGUCAAGUAUUAAUGUUAUAAGAAUGGUAGUGACUGUUUUUUGUUGUUGACAAUUUUCAGAUUAGUACUUCAGAUAAUGUAGAUAAAACAUAUUAAAUACCUUUAUAUAGUUAUUUGCUUAUAAAAUUAUGCAGCAUGCUUUUAAGUCUACUCCUUCUGUACAUUUACUGUUUCCCGAGUGACUAUUCUGCAUUGCAUAUCUUUUCCAUAGUUAUUCUGAUCAUAUUGUUUGACAAAGUAUGUCUUGUAGACAAAUAAUUGGAGAAAUGUUAUCUCCAAAGCAGAGCUUAUUCUUGUAAUAUCUGAUACACAUUUUUGAAUAAAGUUGUUUAAUCAAUAGCA